AGCGGAUUGCAUCAUACCCAAAUAUGGAGAGGGGAACCGUAAACGAAAUACAAGGGGAGUUUCUUGACGACAUUUUCAUUUUACAGUAAAAUCUCCAGAGGGCUGGAAAACACUGAAGAUGCCAGAUGCGUGCGACUGCAAAAUAACACUUUACCUUAAAUAUACUGAUAACCUGUAUAAUCAUAAAAGUGCUAAAAGAGAAGGCCACAUGAUAGGUCAGAGUAUCUCGUGACUAAUACUGAGAAAAGUUCCACAUAUACACAUCAUUGGCCUGCAUGCAAAACUUUGAGUAUGAGUAAUAUAUUAAAACAGCAAUGCAAUCUUUUGCGCUAUUGCAUUCCAUUUAUGAUUAUUUAUUUAUUUAGCAUAAAUGCAGAGAAGACAGAAGAAGCAAGAAAAAACACACAGUUUAAGCCUACUAUAAUGCGGGCUGUCCUCAAAGCUUUUUCCUCAAAGGAGGUAAUAACGUAGGUCAUGAGCUGGUAGGCCUUUGUGAAUAUAGCUCUUACCCAUCAUGCAUUGUGCAUACAUUUAACACCUUGUUAAGCAUCAGGAACCAGGAACCCAAAAACAUGCACUUAGCAUCAGCUGAUUCAUAAAACCUGCUGACCUAAUUUAGACUUUUCAGUGACGUCCAUGCGAGCCCCGAGGAAAGGGUUAACAGGCAAUGUGAUUAUCCCAUCUUGUGAUCCCGUUUCCAGCCAUGAAAGAAGGUAUUUUAUGUGUGCAGAAAGGCUGAUGCAUGCAGACGCGCUCGCUCGCCUCGUCAGGACGGACUCCGCUGUGAGCAGGUGGAUCAGUGCAUUAUGUGUCCUGAUGCCGUGGUGGAGGGCCUCCGACCGAAGUGAAGAGUGCGAGAGCAGCGACAUGGAGCCCGGGCCCUCGACCCCCGGCGGCCCUGCGCUCGUCCUGGGCCUCCAGAGACUCUCUUUUGCCUACCAGAGCCUCGGGGAGAUCCCCUACGAGACCAUCCUUCAGCAGCAGGACACUCUGGAGGUUCUGGACCUCAGCUACAACCUGCUGGACGAGAACCCGGCUCUUUUGGCCGGUUUGGAGAAGCUCAGCACGCUCAUCCUGGACUGCAAUAACUACAGCGCUCACGUCAAGUUCCCCUACAUGCCCAGCCUCACCACCCUGUGGAUCAACAAGAACAAGAUCAGCAACCUGCCCAUCAUCGUGGAGGAGAUCGGCUGCAAGUUCCCAAACAUCAAAAUACUCAGCAUGAUGAACAAUGAAGCGGCGCCCAGUUACUUUAACGGAGGCAGUCUCACACAGUAUAUGGAUUACAGGCAGUAUGUGAUCAGUCAGAUCCCUAGUCUGGAGGUGCUGGAUGACACCGAGGUGCAGGAGAAAGAGCGGGAAGUGGCCCGAAAGACCUACCGGAUGCAGAGAAUCAGAGAAGGCAGCCGGAGGAGGAAGGAGCUUCAUCGCUAACUCUAUUCACUUUACUCUCUUUUACUAUAAAUGCGAACGCUGCUUAUUCUAAAACCCUUAUGCAUUGAGAAAGCGAAUUAAUUCGAAUUUUUCAACAGCCCUUCUUUUAAUAACCGAUAUUGAACCAGCUUUAAUAAUCGAUGCACUGAGGUUUGAAAUGUGAAAGGCUGAAAUUGUAUUUUAUCUCAUUUAAUUUAAUUUUCUUGUGCGCGUGUAUGUGUAGACCUGCUUUUUAGAGUUUAAUGUAUUACCACAGACAUUACUCCACGUAUAUGGCAUUGAUUUUUAUCCGUGCAGGUCUUAAAUUCUGCAGAAACACGAUUACAUAAACAAAGGAAAUAAUUAAAAGAAACGUUACGAA